UCAUUUAUUUAUCUAUGAUAUUCAGCAUUUUGUUCUAAACACACUCAUGUCUGUGUGUAUGUGAGCAUGUCAGAGGUCCUGCUGGAAUCCCUGUUGAUUGCAUGCAGUUUCUGCAGGUGUCAGUAUGACUGUAGCCGGUAGGAGGGACUUGAUGCUCCAACUUCUCAUUUCGUGUCUGUGUGCUCUCCAGCCAGUCGUCCUGGUCCUGCUCGGAGAGAGACGACGACAUCAGCAGCGGCAGCAGCGGCAGCAGCAGCACGGCAUUCCGGGGGAACACCAUGCAUCUUGGGCUGAAAACACGACCGGAGCCUCGCGUCAUUUCGCCUUCUUAUUUCUGAUUUCCGUUUUUUUGUUCCGUCUUUUUCUUUCUCGUGGUGUUUCUUUUUUUUUUUUUUUCUUCUCCCACCUCCUCCUUCUUUUUUUCACCCAAUCUCUGACGCGCAAGGACACUACAGCAUCCAUCCACGGCAGAGCCGCUCGCAUAGAGCAUCCUCUGUACAGACGCACCACCGUCCUCCUCCUUCCUUCCUUCCUCCUACUCUCCUCCUCUCCUCUCUCCUGUUCUGUUCUAACCCAGAGGACAUCGGGACCUCUUCUCCCCCCCUUUCGCCCGGAGACAUGGAUCUAUGGUUUCACUCGAUCCGGAUUUGCUGGUGGAGGGUUUUGUUUCUGAUGAGUAUUUUCCAGGACUAUCUGAGCUCCAUGCUGGACUGCCCGCCGACCUGCAGCUGCUCUCAAACAGAGAUCUAUUGCAAUAAGUCCGACAACGGCAGGUUUUUUCCUCUGCUCGCCCUGCAAGACACCGGGAGCAACGGGACCAGCGUUGACAUAGCAGAGUUAUUCCAGAACAUCAGCUCUAUACACAUAGAGAACUGGACAGGAUUGCAGACUCUGAGAGACGUCGAUAUGGAGCUCUACACUGGACUACAGAGACUAACGAUCAUGAAUUGCAAACUGAAGGUGAUCCAGGCUCGAGCGUUCGCACAGAACCCACACCUACGCUACAUAAACUUGUCAAAGAAUCCUCUCACCACUCUGUCAUGGCAGCUCUUCCAGCACCUCCAACUCUCCGAGCUGCGUCUGGACGGCGUGGUGUUCGACUGCGGAUGUGAUAUCCGCUGGAUCCAGCUUUGGCAGCAGAAAGGAGAGGCCGGGCUCAACACACAGCAGCUGUACUGCAAGAAUGGAGACUCCAAAAUAAGACUGCAACACAUGUACAUCCAAAACUGUGACUUGCCGGAGAUCAGUGUGAGCCACAGCAGCAUACAGGUGAUCGAGGGCGACAACGUGACGGUGAGCUGCAAUGGAUCCGGAUCACCGCUGCCUGAGGUGGACUGGACUGUCGGCGGCCUGCACUCCAUCAACACACACCAGUCAAAUGUCUACUGGCCCAACAUCCACUCCAUCAACCUGGCUCUCUUCAACAUGAGCCGAGACGACAACAACUACCAGCUGACCUGCAUUGCGGAGAACGUGGUGGGGAUGACCAACUCCUCCAUCCAGAUCAACGUUCAGUUUCCUCCAGUCAUCCUGAGACUGGCUGAGCCAGAGCAGCGUCAUGAUACCUGCAUCGAGUUCACGGUUCGGGGUUACCCCCAUCCAAAGCUGCGCUGGUUCCACAAGCAAGAGGAGAUUCAACAGAACGACUACAUCCGAACUGAGAUGGACUUCUACCAGGACUAUCUAGAGGGCUGUCUCACCUUCCAGAACCCAACGCACAUCAACAACGGCAACUACACUUUAGAGGCCAGCAACAUCCUUGGAACAGUCACCAAGACAGUGUAUGGUCACUUCCUCAUGGCCCCGGGCACAGAUGAUGAAGUAGUGGAACUAGUUACUCCGACGCCAUCGGACGAAGCAAGCCGACCAGAUGAAGAUACAUUUGGGGUUUCCAUCGCCGUGGGUUUGGCGGGCUUCGCUUGUGUCCUCCUCCUCGUCCUUUUUGUUCUGAUCAACAAAUAUGGCAGACGCUCCAAAUUCGGUAUGAAAGGUCCUGUAGCUGUGAUCAGUGGUGAGGAAGACUCUGCCAGCCCUCUUCAUCAUGUCAACCAUGGGAUUAUUACCCCCUGUACUCUGGACGCGGGUCCCGAUGCAGUGGUCAUAGGAAUGACUCGCAUCCCUGUGGUGGAGAAUCCUCAGUACUUCAGACACGGACACAACUGCAACAAGCCAGCCACCCUUGUCCAGCACAUAAAGCGGAGAGACAUCAUCCUGAAAAGGGAGUUGGGUGAAGGAGCCUUUGGUAAAGUCUUCCUGGCAGAGUGUUACAACCUCAGCCCCACCAAGGACAAGAUGCUGGUGGCUGUCAAGACACUUAAAGACCCCAACUUGUCAGCCAGAAAGGACUUCCAGAGAGAGGCAGAGCUUCUUACCAAUCUGCAGCACGACCACAUUGUUAAGUUCUACGGGGUGUGCGUUGAUGGAGACCCUCUCAUCAUGGUGUUCGAAUACAUGAAGCAUGGAGACCUCAACAAGUUCCUCAGAGCUCACGGUCCAGAUGCCAUGAUCCUGGUGGAUGGCCAGCCACUGCAGUCCAACGGAGAGCUGGGCCUAUCCCAGAUGCUGCACAUCGCCACCCAGAUUGCCUCGGGCAUGGUCUACCUGUCCUCCCAGCACUUUGUCCACAGAGAUCUGGCAACUCGUAAUUGUCUGGUGGGUAACGGCCUGCUAGUCAAGAUUGGAGACUUCGGCAUGUCCAGGGACAUCUACAGCAGUGACUACUACAGGGUUGGAGGACACACCAUGCUACCUAUUCGCUGGAUGCCCCCAGAGAGCAUCAUGUACAGGAAAUUCUCUACGGAAAGCGACGUCUGGAGCUUCGGAGUCAUCUUGUGGGAGAUCUUCACCUACGGGAAGCAGCCUUGGUUUCAGCUGGGCAACAAUGAGGUUAUUGAGUGCAUAACCCAGGGCCGGGUUCUGGAGAGGCCGAGGAUUUGUCCUAAGGAGGUGUAUGACAUCAUGCUGGGCUGCUGGCAGAGGGAACCGCAGCAGCGACUGAACAUUAAGGACAUUCAGAAGGUCCUGUUCGCCAUGGGAAAAGCCACCCCGGUCUACCUGGACAUCCUGGGCUAGCAGCGGCCCGGGAGGUGGCCCGUUCCUCGCCAGACAGACAGAUCGACAGAGACAUACAGACAGACCGACCCACACGAAUCCAGGAAUAACCAAACCAACCUGCUCCACUGUCGUAAAACACCUACAAUGUUUGGGAAGGACUUAAGUGCCUGCAACACUUUUGGAUAUAGUGGAUAAAACGUAUUCAAAAAAACACGCACUUUUACAUUUUGUUUACUUGCGUAUAAGAUGUACAGGUUUGAAGAAGACUUUUUUUUCCUCGAAAAAAAACUGCAAAAAUACACAAAAACGGAGACGGAGGGGAAGUAAAAUGGACUGGCAAUAGGAUAAUGGCCACAGCUUGAUUAUUGGGUGGAGAGAACACAUCAGAGUUAAAAUCUAUCCUGGGUUUGGUUUUAUGAAUAUAUAUAGAAAUAUUACAUAUAUUUUAUAUUUAUUUCUUUUUGUCAGGGUGUUGAAGGGUCUGCCAUGUCUGUUGCUAAGGGCUCGGCCCUGUCCGAAGACAUCACCGACAAACUAUUGGCAGGGACUUGACGAUGGUAGCCUUACUUGCACUCUGAUUGGCUGACACUGAGCUUUCGACGGGAACUCUAUUUCUGAGGAUUAACACUGGAUGGUUGAAAAAAGGGAGCGCCCUGUAGAGGACCUACCCAAUCAGACAGCCGACAAAUCUAUUUUAAUUUAAAAAUAAUGUACAUAUUGUAAAAUUCUAUGUGUCAAAAUUAUGUUAACUUAUUUUUUCGGGUGUUAUUUUGGUUCCUUUUCUGACUGUGAUCUGGGUGGCUAACGUAUAAAGCUAUGGUAUUUGUUUUCGUCCUAAUCUAGAGGAGUUUUCUCUUGGGAAUAACCCGUGUCAGUGCUGGUAAGUUGUCUCAUGUGGUGAAGGUGACUGACAGUGAAUACAGUUUGGAAAGUCCACUGACACUGAAUCACAGAGACUCUGGAGAAUGGGGGACGACUCAGAGCCAUCAACACGACACUUUCCAAAGAGGUGAUGAAACCUCGUACUCACUUUCCAGUUCAUUUGCUUUUUAUGGCAAGAAUAAUGCGUUGCUAAGUGAUAUCUUACACCACACUUCUGAACACACACGCACGCUGUGAGAGACUGUUUUGUCUUUUUCAGGCUUUUUGGUGUGAAACUGCUUUUCCACUCUAAAGAAAAGAUUUUUGGAACUGGACGUAUAAAUCAUCUGUUAGCUGCAGGUGUGUGCCUCGCAUACACAGCCUAAGAAAACCUGUAACAUAACGGAAUAGAUAGACAUUUUGGGAAGUGCAGAAUUAGAUGUGAAGGUCGAUACCUCUGCCAUGUCUGUCAGCUAAUUAUGAUGCUCCAACUAGCUUAGCAGUUAGCAUUAAGACUGGAUAUGAGCAAACAGCUUACCACGCUUUGUUUAAAGGUGACAAAUCCACCUAUUGGCAACUCUAAAGCUCAUAUGAACAUGUUACUUUUCUUUAGUUUAAGCUACAAAAAAAGAGGUGUAAAAACUGCAGCAGCUGCAGGUUUACAUGGAUUAUGUACUGGACUGUUUUAAGGCUGGGAGCGGAGGAGAGGUUUUAUCUAAAUCAGGGGCCACAAAGGGGCCAUGGUUGGAAGUAGGUUCACACUUGCUGUACACGUAUGGGCAGCACAUCCUUGUACCCAAACAAUUUACAAUUGCUCUAAACUAUUUCACACUGCUGCCACUUUCCUCCAAAAAUAAUGUGGUAUGUUGGGACAAAUGUCAUGAUUUCAUAGCUGCUCAAUUGAUCAGAAACCGAAGGACAAGAGAAAGUGAAAAUCUAAAGAGACAUCGAGCCAUAAUUCAAGGUUAAACACCGUAUUUGAUAUCCUAUCAGCUAACAUUAAACUAAUGAGUCCAAGAUGUGCAUUGGUAAUUGCGGGUUGAUUUACAUCUUCUCCAUAAUGUCAUGUGACUCUAUCAAACAGUAGUGGCUAAAUGCUAACGUUUGUCUACCUUUAGCAGUUUUACCUUGAAAUCUGAAUUUUCCUUAGGCCACCCAUUGUCUUUUCAGUUGCUGAUCACUGAGGAAGCUGUGAAAUGACACCAGUUUUAAUGCAAAGUGUCAACCUGCAAUACAGUAUUACGAUGUUUGAGCUUCCCAACCUGAGUGUGACGUCAGAGGAAAAUUGGCAUCAUGUUAAUAUGGUUUAUUUAGUCCCAAAAUGACAUAAAUCACUGUUCCAAACAUGAACAUUGUAGCAUAACAGCGUCAUGCAUACCGGACCAUUGUUGUACACUCACAGUUUGGUUAGGUUUAGGCAAACUACUCCAAUUGGUUAACAAAAACAAGGUGUUUUGGGCUAAAAACCAGUGUUACCUAUGUGACUUAACUUACAUAAGUAUGUUGCUAAAGUAAACUGAGUUUAGAAAAACUCACGGCCGACUUAAGUUUCUCACAGGAAACAAAUAGCGUGAAAGUCCUGUGUUUGUUUAAGCCCUUUAUUCACCCUGUCUUCCUCGCUAUGCUGACUGUGCCGCUCUAUACCACUUCACCUGACUUCCUCCUUCACAGCUGUAACAAUUACUACAGCCACUAGAGGCCACUGCCCAACAAUCAAUGUAAAUAUCAUAAUAAGCUGCUCGCAGGGUCGACCUUUUAGUCAUUUUCCUGAUGCGGACAGGCUGAAUAUGACAUUAGUAUCGAUCUUGUCAUCCAACUAUACAAUAAAGCAAAUUUCCCAAAAUGUCAAACUGUUCAUUUAAAAACAUUUAAGAAUCCUGUCACUUCACAAUCUAAGAAAAGAAACAACCCGAUAGUUUCCUCCCCCUGAACAUUUCCUUUAGAGCAACAAAUAAAAGCAUUUUUAUCUUAGUAUUCUCACUUGUUUUUCAUCAGCUGUACAUGACUCACAGCCACUCGUUCCUUCCUCGCACUCGCGGCCUUUGCAUGUUUGGCAAAGAUGAGGCUUUACUCCCGUCUGAUGCUUUGAUAAAAAACCUCUUCUGCCAUGACCAGAGAGGAGCCACUGAAGCAGGUCGACACUCGUGUUAAUUUAUGGACGGUACAUCAAAAACAAUAAUCAUUCGAGCAGAUCAGCUAAUUGUGUGGUAUUCUGCGUUCCAUACUUUUGAUAAUUACCGUAUUUAAUGAACUGGAAAACAUGAAGAGUUUUGUUCCAAAAUGUGACAGAGAAACAUGACCCCCAAAAAGCUUGACAGCAAAAAAAAACAAAACAAAACACUAAAACCAAAUGAUAUUAAUUUCAACAAAUCGUUCAUAAUUAAGCGCUCAGUGGACAAAAUGAGUUCAUUUUUACAGAGUGAAACCUGUAGAUAUCUCAGACGCUGAAUGAUAAACCUCAGGCAACGAUUUUAUUUUAUGUUGUAUCUGGAUAUAAAGCGUUUUGGAGUGGAACUCUUCACAUCUCUUCCUUAUUAUCUUGACAUGAAUUCUCACAGUGCCACAGUGUUGUCUCUGUUCCCCGUUGGGACUAUGUAAAUCAUUAAUGAGCAUUCAGUUAUUUCAAGUAUUUUAUAUGGAAGGCAGGAUCAAAUCCAACGAGUUACCCAAAGCAUUGAGUUUUUGUGUAUUCUCUUGUGGUAAAGAUAAACGCUUAAAGACAUUAUGACACAGACCGUGAGCAUUUGCAGGGUAUUGUAAUCCUUUCAUGGUGAGUUGAAUAUUGUUUAUAAAGUUUUCUUUUUUUUUUCUUUUCUUGGAUGAACUAACUGAACACUUUUUGAAGCGAAGUUGGCAUAUUACCAUGUACACAUGUUACAGAAUAUAAAAAUGUGGUAUAACAACUGCAGUAUAUAAAAUACUGGUAUUCCAUGAUAGAUCUUUGUAUUAAUGUGACUCUCUUAAGAAAAUGUCUUCAAACAAUCAGACGAUCUCCUUUUCCAUUUUGUCCUGUCUUAUAAAGAUGUGUAAAUUUGACAAAAUCUUGUGUUCAUCUAAAUCUCUGAGAAAGCUGAACAGCAUGUGUUCAGUGUGUGUUCCUCUGUCGACUCCUGAAGUGAUAGAAACACAACUUUUCUCUCAGGUCAGAGGUCAGGACCCAUCCGUAGACCCAGUUUUCUUUUUAUUUCAGCAGGACAACAUUUCUAAAACAUUUUAAGUGAAUUUGAGUUUUACAGACCAUCUCCUCUUUGUUUCUGUGGCCAGCUCCUUCUCACGGCCAACCCGUGGAAUAUGGCAGCUUGGUCUGUGGCCUCAAACUAUGCCUCCAGUGUCAUUUUUGAGCUUGAAUGGCUGCGAUGUCAAGUUAGUGCUAUCACUGUCACCAGUGCAGUGCCUGUUCAAUUUAUGCUGUUCAGCACAGACUGUCUGGUAAUGUAAGGGGUUUACAGAUCCAGUCUUAAGCCCCCUAAAGUGCUUACAGAGUCACUGGGGCUGCCACAAUAAUUUAAAUAAUGUUUGAUAUUUACAACAACCAAUCAAAAAAGGCAUCCAGGAGCAGCAGACAGUGCUGCCAGGUAACUAUCAUUUUAGCUCUCCAGGCUAGCAUUAGCUAACAUACUGCAGCUGAAAGAAAAUGAAAAUCUCACCUCCAGCUCUCACAGAGGAAUAGAAAACCUGUUUACCUCAUCUCCCCGCUCGUCCAGACUUGUUUAACCAUUUAUGGUUCAUUUCUUACUGCAACACAUUAAUUCCAUUUAGUCUACAUCUGUUUCCUCAUGAGAUCCUGUGAGAGUCGUCAGGUGUGAGAGUGUUGAAGAGACACACCUCACUGCCGCUCAGAGCGAUGUUCACUCAGCAACAAACCUGCCAAGUGUGAAGUCCAUCAGAUGAAUGGUUCUCCAGAUAUGUGAAUAUGGCAGACAGACAGACAGACAGAGAUUCCUUCCUUCACAGUUAGAUAUAGUACAUUUGAAGCAGCCAGUUAGACUUUCAGAAU